GGUUAGUUGGUGGAUGUUAUGAGUGAAAGUUGUUGGAGGGAAGCGGAGGGAAGCGGAGCGCCGCUCACCGUCCGACCCGCCGCACUGCCGGCGCUACAGAGGCACAAGCAGCCACGGCGCUUAUUUACUGAAGGGGCUUGUCAAGAAGAUGGCGGCUUCCUGGGCGGCAUGAAAGGAUGUAGAGUUAGCAAUAUCUACAGAAAACAAACACACACUCGGGGUUGAAUUCGUUUAACUGAGUCUCUCCCUCGAUUUUUUCGGUUUUAAAAUAACAACUCGGAAGUCUCGAGUAAGUAUUUAUUCACGCUUCGAGAUGAGCGAGCGUGAAUACUUUUGCACCAUUCUGAUGACGGCUAACGGUACAUCCGCCAUUUUUCUUAAGGGAAGCUAGCUAGCGAUAAACGAGACAAACGAAUAUUUGAGGGAAUUGCAUAAAUGCCUCUCUUUCAUGAUGAAUAAAAACACACUGCAAAUGAAGCAUGUAAUAUUUCUCUGUCGUGCCGAAAAACUCAUAUUUCUGCACAGUCUUGUUUUUUUAAGCUGCUGCUAAAAAAAUGUAAGCUAUUCGCCGUUUUAUGCUAACGCUGUAGCUUAGCUGUCGAACUAGCCGUAAAGCUUAGAGAUACCUCAGCUAGUCUGCUAACGUGACUCGUUAGCUAGCUUAGCCUAACCAAGUUAGCAUUUGCUGUUUAUUUUUUACUUGUUUAACUCGCCGCGGUUGUGGUGUUGGUUGGUAAUAAAUGGUAUUUUGGCUCUAAUUGUUGUAUAUUUAGCGAUAUGUUUGCAACUUGUGGGCAAAAAAAGCGCUUAGCAUUGUGCUAACUGGAGGUGGAGGCGCAAAUGCGAUUAUUUGGUUUUGUUGUAUCAAGAUGGCGGCUCCCAUAGAAAAAGGCUGCAACUGAACACUCGGGGGGGAAAAAAAUAAAAAAUAAUAAUAAAAUGCUGUACAACAAAUUCGAGAAUAAAUAAAGCAAUGAAGAUUUCUGCUGAGGUACUGAAUUAGGUUCUUCAACGUGCAGGAAAAUAUUUUCAAUUAAUUAAUUACUUCACUUUAACCCAAAAAUAUGGAAAUUGAGUUUUUUUUUUGUUCACCGCCCAUUUUUAAUUCUAACGCUAAGUCUUAGUAACUUAACCAUUAAAUCAGCUAAACCAUAUUAUAUUAUUACCAUAUAUAUUAAGUGAUAUUGCAAAUGUAUUUAAAAAAUAAACAUUGAAUUUAGUUUUUUUUUUUGAGAGGGCUUCUAUUUUUAUUCUUAUCUUGACGGUGGUUAGCUUAUUAGCUUAGCCUUUUAGCCAGUCGGCUAAGCAGCAUUAUUAUUCCCAUUAGCCACCGGGUUUGCUAACCAAAGCUACAAGAUGGCGGCACCCGAUGGGAAUUUGCACGGCUUUUCUCUCUCUUUCAGACAUCUUUAACAGACAAGAUGGGAACUUUAUUUUUCGGAUUCUCAACGGAAUGCGAGUGGAAAUGAAUUUGCAUGAGAUGCAUUAGAUUUUGCUGGAAUUAAAAACAAAUACGGAUCUCAAAUCAGUCUUUUUUUUUUUGCUUCACCCGGCGGGCUUGUUUUAUUUUGUCGCAGAGUGUAUGCCGCUAAAAUGGCGGCUUCCAUCAGAUUUUAAGCUAAGCUAGCAUCUUAGCUGGCUACAUUUUCUACGGACUUAAAAACGGCACAUUAAUGCAGAAAAAAAUUAGUUUACAAUUCGAUGUUGACUAAUUUAGAGUUUUUCUUUGAGUUAAAUGUUUUUGUUACCCGCUAAAAUGGCGGAUUGUGUGGAUUUUUAGAUGAGCUACCGAAACGUAGCUGGCUACAUUUUUUUGUGACGCGGCUAACGCGAAGCCUGAAGCUUUUAUUAUUAUUUUUUUAUUCCACUUUUAAAACUGCUCAAGCGGGGCAGUAAACUUGGAAUGGACUAAUUGUUUUGUUGUUAAAAAAAAGAGAUUUUUUUCUUGCAUUAGGGGGAAAAUGGCUUCUUCUGGUACCAACACCACAUCGAGCGGUUCGGGCUCAGUGCUGCAGCCGAGGUGGAAGCGGGUGCUCGGAUGGUCCGGCCCGGUGCCUCGGCCUCGUCACGGCCACCGCGCCGUCGCCAUUAAAGAGCUGAUGGUGGUUUUCGGCGGCGGCAACGAAGGAAUCGUCGAUGAACUUCACGUAUACAACACAGCGACUAAUCAGUGGUUUAUCCCGGCUGUCCGGGGCGACGUGCCACCCGGCUGUGCUGCGUAUGGAUUUGUGUGUGAUGGCACCCGGUUGUUGGUGUUCGGGGGAAUGGUCGAAUAUGGAAAAUACAGCAACGAUCUCUACGAACUACAGGCCAGUAGAUGGGAGUGGAAACGGCUGAAGCCUAAAGCUCCAAAGAACGGCCCGCCUCCUUGCCCACGUUUGGGCCACAGCUUCUCCCUCGUGGGGAAUAAAUGCUACCUAUUCGGCGGACUUGCCAAUGACAGCGAAGAUCCCAAAAACAAUAUUCCAAGAUACCUGAAUGAUCUGUACACACUCGAGCUCCGUCCGGGCUCCAACGUAGCAGGCUGGGACAUCCCCAUCACAUACGGCGUGCUUCCUCCUCCUCGCGAGAGCCACACAGCUGUAGUCUACACAGAGAAAACCUCAAAGAAGUCUCGCCUCGUUAUCUACGGAGGCAUGAGCGGCUGCCGCCUCGGAGACCUCUGGACAUUAGAUAUAGACACACUUACUUGGAACAAGCCGGCAAUCAGUGGCACUGCUCCUCUCCCUCGCAGUCUCCACUCUGCCACUACCAUAACCAACAAGAUGUACGUGUUUGGCGGGUGGGUGCCCUUGGUGAUGGAUGACGUGAAAGUGGCUACACAUGAAAAGGAAUGGAAGUGUACAAACACACUGGCAUGUCUAAAUCUGGACACAAUGACAUGGGAGACUAUUUUAAUGGACACUCUGGAAGACAACAUCCCAAGAGCCAGGGCAGGGCACUGCUCCGUAGCUAUCAACUCCCGACUGUACGUUUGGAGUGGCAGAGACGGCUACCGCAAAGCCUGGAACAACCAAGUGUGCUGCAAAGAUCUCUGGUAUUUAGAGACAGACCGUCCACUGGCGCCCUCUCGCGUACAGUUGGUUCGUGCCAAUACAAGUUCUCUGGAGGUGAGCUGGGGCGCUGUGCCCACUGCUGAUGCCUACCUGCUGCAGCUGCAGAAAUACGAAAUUCCAGCAGCAACGACAGCCUCCUCUCCCAGCGUCACUCCUACUUCAUCGCUGCCCUCCAACUCUCCCAAGAGCCCGGCCCCGGCCGCCGCUGCCCCUGCCUCUCAGAGCGUGCCUGUCACAGGGGUCACCCUCAUACCCCAGGUGCCCUCACCAACCAUGUCCAUGCCUGGGAGCCCGCUCGCUGCAGCCUCACCGCGUGGUCCAGCCAUCCUGAAAGUGGCAGCACCUCAGUCCACUGCUGGGACGUCUAUUGUCACUGUGCGUCAGGCCAAUCAAGUAGGAAAAUCCCCAGUUACAGUUGCAUCACUUCCUGCUGGAGUACGUAUGGUCGUUCCUGCACAGAGCGCACAAGGAACACCGAUCGGAAGCAGCCCUCAGAUGAGUGGCAUGGCUGCUCUGGCUGCAGCUGCGGCUGCCACACAGAAAAUCCCUCCUUCAUCAACAGCCACUGUGCUGAACGUUCCAGCAGGAGCCACCAUAGUGAAAACUGUUGCUGUCACUCCAGGCUCCGCAGCUCAUCCUGCUACAGUGAAAGUAGCCUCACCAGUGACUGUGAGCAACCCAGCCACCCGCAUGCUAAAGACAGCUGCAGCUCAGGCUGGAACUUCCACCAUCACUACCCCUAACACGCCAACACGUCCCAUCAUCACUGUGCACAAAUCAGGCACAGUGACUGUGGCCCAGCAGGCCCAGGUGGUCACCACUGUGGUGGGAGGAGUCACUAAAACCAUCACACUCGUCAAGAGCCCGCUCACUAUGGGCAGCGGCGGCGCUCUGAUCUCUAGCCUGGGGAAGGUGAUGUCCAUGGUCCAGACAAAACCAGUACAGACCUCUGCAGUGACCGGACAAGCUGGUAGCCCGGUCACACAGAUCAUACAGACGAAGGGUCCUCUGCCUGCAGGCACCAUACUGAAGCUAGUCACCUCAGCAGACGGCAAACCCACUACCAUCAUCACUACCACGCAGGCAGGUGGCGCUGGCACCAAACCAACCAUUCUGGGCAUCUCCCCUACCACUACUACCAAGCCUGGCACCACCAUCAUCAAGACCAUCCCAAUGUCUGCUAUUCAGCAGGGAGCUGCAGGUGCUACCAGUAGCACUGGUAUAAAGUCUCCUAUCACAAUCAUCACAACCAAAAUGAUGACGCCGGGCACACCAGGAAAAAUCAUCACCGCAGUACCAAAACUGGCUGCAGGAACUGCUCAGCAGGGAGUGACUCAGGUGGUCCUGAAGGGGGCACCAGGGCAGCCUGGCACCAUUCUUCGCACUGUGCCCAUGGGAGGUGUGCGUCUCGUUUCUCCUGGUACAGUUUCUGCUGUCAAACCCACAGUUACCACACUAGUGGUUAAAGGAACCACAGGAGUAACUACUCUUGGCACUGUGACCGGAACAAUCUCAACCAGCCUGGCAGGGGGCAACGUUGCCACUGCCAAUGCUAGCCUGGCUACACCCAUAACCACCCUGGGCACCAUCGCCACGCUUUCCAGCCAGGUUAUCAGCCCCACAGCUAUCACCGUGUCUGCAGCCCAGACAAACCUGACUACUGCACCUACAGUGGCCAUACAGGCAGCUACACAGCCCACUCAGGUGACGCUGAUAAGCACCCCUAGUGGCGUGGAGGCGCAGCAGGACCUCCCCGUGUCCAUCCUAGCCUCCCCCACCUCUGAACAGCCUUCCACCACAGGUGCUGAAGCGGGCGAUGCCCCAGGUGAAGUCACUCUGGUCUGCUCCAACCCACCAUGUGAGACCCAUGAAACCGGUACCACCAACACGGCCACCACAGCCUCUGCCAAGAUUGGAACUGAGCGUGUGUGUUCUAACCCACCUUGUGAGACGCACGUGACUGGAACAACCAACACGACGACCACGGCAUCGGCUGACAUGAGCCGCGUGCAGCAAGUGUGCAGCAACCCACCAUGCGAAACACAUGAAACGGGCACCACAAACACAUCUACACUGGUGUCCUCGAACAUGGGCACAGAGACCAACACGGUACAGAGAGUGUGUUCCAACCCACCUUGUGAGACCCACGAAACUGGCACCACCAACACAGCUACGCAGGCAUCUUCGAGUAUGGGAAGCGCGGAAACCAACACAGUACAGAGAGUAUGUUCUAACCCGCCAUGUGAGACCCAUGAAACCGGCACCACCAACACAGCUACGCAGGCAUCUUCGAGUAUGGGCAGUGCGGAAACCAACACAGUACAGAGAGUGUGUUCUAACCCGCCAUGUGAGACCCACGAGACCGGCACCACCAACACAGCUACGCAGGCAUCUUCAAGUAUGGGCAGUGCGGAAACCAACACAGUACAGAGAGUGUGUUCCAACCCACCAUGUGAGACCCAUGAGACCGGCACCACCAACACAGCUACGCAGGCAUCUUCGAGUAUGGGCAGUGCGGAAACCAACACAGUACAGAGAGUGUGUUCUAACCCGCCAUGUGAGACCCAUGAGACUGGCACCACUAAUACACCCACACAGGCUUCAUCCACCAUCGGAGCAGGGCAAAAUGGCAUGGUGCAGAGAGUGUGUUCCAACCCGCCAUGUGAGACCCACGAGACAGGCACCACAAACACAGCUACUACCGCCACCAGCAGCCUCGAGUCAGCAGAAGGAACAGUACAACAGAGCGGUAAUGGACAAGAUGCUGGCACCAGUGCUGAGGCAACUUCGUCGACAGAACCUGCCAAUCCCCCAAUUCAGAGCAGAGCCAUCACCACAGUGACGCAGGCCACACCCACCCCAGGACCCUCUGUUCCUGAAAUCUCAUCCAUGGCAGGCUCUGCUGCUGUAGUGGAGGGCUCUGGUGAAGCUGAGGCAAUGGAGCAGGGAGAUUCUGAGGCAGUAGCAAUGGGCGAGGAGCCCAUGCAAACUGAGGGUGAACUGGGUGAAGAGGGAGCAGUCAGAGUUGUUGCUAUUGAGGAAGGUGCUGCCGGUGAGGCGGGCACCAUGCUGCAGGUUCACGUUGCUAUGGAAGCACAGCCGGGCCAGGGAGAGCAGGCUGAGAUGGAGCAGGGUGGUGAGGGUGCGGAGGCCGUAGCUCUGGCAGGGCAGGACUCCGAGGCCUUGGCACUGCCUCAGGAACUGAUGUCAGCCGAGGGGCAGCAGACCACGCUGAUGGUGACAGGACUGACCCCGGAGGAACUGGCCGUCACUGCAGCAGCAGAAGCUGCUGCUCAGGCUGCAGCCACAGAAGAGGCCCAAGCGCUCGCCAUACAGGCUGUGCUGCAGGCAGCCCAACAGGCCGUGCUCAAUGAAGGAGACGCUGGACAGGAUGGUCAGCAGACCACCACCAUUCCCAUUGUACUGACGCAACAGGAACUGGCUGCUCUGGUCCAGCAGCAGCAGCAACUCCAGGAGGUUCAAGCAGCAGCAGCCGCCGCUGCCCAGCAGCUGGGCGCCAAUUCGGGUGCAGCGCCUCUGCCCACUGAGGGCCUCGCGCCUGCGGACAGCCUCAACGACCCCACGACCGAGAGCAACGGCCAUGAGAUGGCCGCCGCAGCAGUAACUGGAGCCGUGGCUCAGCUUCUACCCAGCACUUCUGCAGAGACUUUGGCUCCAUCGAGUACACUUGCCCCGGCCCAGCCCAUGGUGGUUGCCAGCCCUGCCAAGAUACAGGCCGCCACUGCACUUGCUGAAGUGGCCAAUGGCAUUGAGUCUGCAGCUGGGAAGCCAGGAGCACCCCCUGCAGUUGUGAAACCGCCAGUGAAGAAAGAAAAUCAGUGGUUUGAUGUUGGAAUAGUCAAGGUGACCAACAUGGUCGUCACACACUAUUAUGUCCCAGCAGAUGAUUCGGAGGUUACUGAUGAUGAUUCUGGGGCCUUACCAGACUACAGUCAAAUGAAGAAAGUGGAGCUCUCUCCUGGCACUGCGUACAAGUUCCGCGUGGCUGGAAUCAACGCUUGUGGCCGUGGAACGUUUUCUGAAGUGUCGGCAUUCAAGACCUGCUUGCCUGGCUUCCCUGGAGCACCAUGUGCCAUUAAAAUCAGCAAGAGCCCUGAUGGUGCUCACCUCACCUGGGAACCUCCAUCUGUGACGUCGGGGAAGAUCAUAGAGUACUCCGUCUACCUGGCCAUUCAGAGCUCUCAGACGACCGAGGCAAAAGCAUCUGCCCCGGCUCAGCUGGCCUUCAUGCGGGUGUACUGUGGGCCAAACCCCUCCUGCCUAGUCCAGACCUCCAGCUUGUCCAACGCCCACAUCGACUACACCACCAAACCUGCCAUCAUCUUCCGCAUUGCCGCCCGCAACGAGAAGGGCUACGGCCCUGCUACGCAAGUCAGGUGGCUACAAGAAACCAGUAAAGAUGGAUCUGCUGCCAAACCUGCAGCAAAGAGACCGGUCUCAUCUCCUGAUACGAAAGGUACCGGUCCAAAAAAGGCCAGAGCCGACCAGUGAGAGAUUUUGACAUGCCCCUCCCCCAUUGAGACCAAGACCCCUGACCGAACUCCUUCCUGCUGAAUGCCCUCCCCAGCCUUAUUAAACCCACAUCCCCUACCACCUCUGACUUAACAUGAAAUGACAGCGGAAAAAAAGGAGAAAGAUCAAGAUAAUCUGUUUGUGCCCUACCCCAAUCAUCACUGGACAUCCUGGUGCCAUGGACGCCUUAUCGCUUCGACUGUGUUAAAAUGAAACCGUAUUAUAAAUGUUUCUUCUUCAGACAAACAGUUAAAAGCACAUUCUUUUUGCUUUGUCCUGGAAGUUUUGUGUGAUAAAUUUCCAAUGGCAGCAUUCAGUCAAGUUAACUGUAUUGUUUUCUGUAGUUCGUUUUUUUUUUUCCUUCCUUCAUGUUCUUUUAUUUUAUCUUACAAGCAAUAGAUAAAAAAAAAAAAACCACAACUUUGCUCUUCUGCCAGUUUUUUUAAGUCUGUAUAUUUCAGUUGGACACAGACGGACGUUGGACGGUAACUGAAGAGGGAGAAAGCCGACAAUGAAGCUACACCUGGAAAUCCAUUGAAGGAUGGGAGGGGGAAAAAAGCAACAACACAGCACUUGGUGAUGCUUCUGAAGAAAAAAGAAAAAAAAAAAACUUUUCAUUUUAAGACAUCUGUAAUUAUAUAUUCAAUCUGAGUCCAGUAGCCUGUUAUUACAUCACUGUGUUUUCAUUCAUAGCUAAGAGGGAAUUGGAGAACUGUAUUUUGUACCGAAGAUGUAAGGACUCCGAUCCUUGUAGAUGGGGAGGCGUAUGACUUUUUUUUUUUUUUUUUUUUUUUUUUUUUUUUUUUAAUUGCAUUGAAAUGCAUCUUGUAUAAAGAAAGAAAGGGGGGAGGGGGGAUCCCAUAAAUAGUAAGAAGUGACGCAGAAGCUCACUGUGUGCUUUAUUUUUGUAUUUUUUCUUCUUCUUUUUUUUUAAAACAGAAAAAAACGUUCCCCUUAUUGUGUACGUGUGAAUUUGCUCAGUUUUAAAAACAUAUGUUUCCUGCUCAUUCCUGUAGUCCGAGUGUCUUGUGGGAUCCUGUGGCCGAUCGUCCUGUGCGCCACGGAAAUUUUCUACAUCCCACCUUAAGGAAUCUUUCAAACGAUGAUUUGGAAAAUUAAAGAUUGAAGUGAACUUUUUCUACUCACUUUGGAGAAAGACUACCCACUUAAAACAAGCUUUAGCAUACUGAAUAUAGGUUUUUCUUUCUUUGUUUCUUUAUGCAUCUUUUCCUCCCAACUUGUAUAUUGUUGCUCAUUUAAAGGAGUGUGUUGCUGGAAGGCUGUUUUGUUCUCCUUUGGUUCAUUUUUUUCUCUUCCUGUUAACCUUUUCACUAGUCCAUAGUUUAUGUAAACUUUGCUUUUUCGAGUUUCUGUGGAUUUUUUUUCCCCCCCAUGCUUGUUUGUGAGCUGGUUAGAGGUAAAAGCAAAACUGGGAUUCUUCUCACUGUGGGGGAAAAUGUCACAAGCAUUUUCAUUCAUCUUGGGGCAGUUUUUUUUUUUUUUUUUCUUGGCAGAUGGUUUCGGGGUGCAGGGUACAGAUGGAUUAACAGUGUCGGAUUGAGAGUGCUGAUACGGGAUGAGUUUAUUCAUUGUGUUCAGUUGGAUGAUGCUCAAUUCCGAUCCUGGACCAGCAUGCUUGCUCUGAAACGUGAUUUGCAUUACGACCCCCAGUUUCUAGAAUGGUAUUUGACUGAAAAGUGGACCGGUAUGUGUCUGAAUGGAAUUGAGAAACAUUGGUUUGCUUUUCUGACAAUUUGUGAAAAUGAUGGAUUAUUGGCACAGCCAGCGUUUGAACUCAGUUGUAAAUUAGUUCUUUCACGUAGCAAGAAGUAAAACAGAACUCCGCCUUUUUAUAUAAUUAUCUGUAACAAAUGUUUUUACAUGUUGUCAUCUAUUGAUUGCUUUUGUGUCUUGACAUAUAAAAGUAAUGGAAAUCUG